AUGAACUUCCGGAAUACUUAAGUUAUUUGAUCAAAGUAUAUUUCGAACUGAUAGUUUUGUUGAACACGUUUUUAUCAUGAAUAUUUGAAAAUUUGUUUUACGUUUGUUAUUCAUUUAUAUCUUCUAGCAAGAAUAUUGCUUUGUAAUAAUUACAAACUAUUUUUUAAAAAUUUAUUAGAAAUAAUGUUUAAAAAUACAAAAAUAGUAAUCAUUGGUGCCGGAGCAGCGGGUAUUUCUGCAGCAGCUAGAUUAAUAGAAAAAGGAUUAGAAAAUAUUAUAAUUCUCGAAGGAAAAGAUCGAAUUGGUGGUAGAAUACAUACAGUAGAAUUUUCUGAUAAUGUUGUAGAAUUAGGAGCACAAUGGGUUCAUGGUGAACAUGGAAAUAUUGUUUUUGAUCUUGCUUCCCCAUACAAACUAUUAGAUUCAUCAAAAUGCUUCAAUGAUUUUGAUAAACAUAUAUUUGUUACUGCAAGUGGAGAAAUUCUUUCAAAAAAAGAAAGUGUAGAAGCAUUUAAAAUAUAUUAUGAUAUUUCUAACAAUAUAUCAGAUUCUAUACAUAAUACAGAAUCAUAUGGAGAAUAUUUUAUAAAUCAAUUUUAUAAAACAUUUAAUGAAAAUCCGUUUACUAGUCGUGAUAGAGCAGAACAAUUAUUAGAUUGGAUGCACAAAUUUGAUAAUUCUCUUCAAUGUAGUGAUUCAUGGUUUGAUGUUUCUGCAAAAGAAAUUACAAAUUAUUGGACUUGUGAUGGAGAUCUUGUACUUAAUUGGAAAGAUCGUGGUUAUAAAACAUUAUUUGAUUUAUUAUCUCAAAAAAUAUCAACUAUCAAGAAUAAUUUGUCUAUAAUAGAAAAAGUAGAAUUUAAUAAAAAUGUUGAUAAUAUUAAUUAUAUUUCAAAUGAUAAUAUAAUUGUAAAAACGAAAGAUAAUUCAAAAUAUAUAGCAUCUCAUGUUAUAUUUACUGCAUCUCUUGGUGUUCUAAAAGAGAAACAUAUGACAAUGUUCACUCCACUUUUGCCUGAAAGAAAACAGAAUGCAAUAAAGGGUUUAAAUAUUGGAACUGUAAAUAAAGUAUUCUUGGAAUUCCCACAUAGAUGGUGGCAAGAAGAGUGUGCUGGUUUUAAUUUAAUAUGGUCCAAGGAAGAUAAAGAAAAAUUUAUUACAUUAUAUGGACAAGAAUAUGAAUGGUUAUGUGAUGUUUUUGCAUUUAUUUCUGUGGAUUAUCAAUCAAGAGUACUAUGUGCAUGGAUCUCUGGUAAAUUUGCAAAACAAAUAGAAUUACUUUCUGAUAUUGAAAUAUCUGAUGGAUUGUACUUAUUACUUGAAAUGUUUUUAAAUAAAAAAUAUAACAUCCCGAAAUUUGAUCAGAUACUUAGAUCAUCGUGGUAUACAGAUGAAUAUUUUCGUGGAUCAUACACUUUUAAAAGUAUAACAACUGAAAAGCUAAAUGUAGAAACAAAAGAUUUGAUUGAUCCUAUUAUAACAGCUAAUGGAAAACCUAUAAUUCUUUUUGCUGGAGAGGCGACACAUGAACAUUAUUAUUCUACUGUGCAUGGAGCAGUUGAAACUGGCUUCAGAGAAGCUGAUAGAAUAAUAGAUUUUUAUAGAAAACGUGAUUGGAUAAACAGCUUCGAUAAAUUGGAAAGGACAGCAAAUACUUCAAAUCAAAGAAUAGCAAAAACAAAGCUUGUAAUAAUAGGUGCAGGCAUUGCAGGAUUAGCAGCUGCAAAAACAUUAGAGGAUGCAAAUUUCAAAGAUUAUCUAUUAAUCGAAGCUCAAAGUGAAGUCGGUGGUCGAAUUCAAUCUAUGCCAUGGAAUAAAGGUUGGAUAGAAUGUGGUGCACAAUUUGUACACGGUGACAAAAGUCCGUUAGCGCAAUUAUGUUAUAAACAUGAUUUGCUCUCAGAUAUACAAUGCAAAGAUGGUCAAGGAAUUUUUAUUCGUGACAAUGGUUGUAAAGUAGAUGAAAUUUGGAUAGAAGAGAUAGAUGAUCUUAUUCGUAAUACAUUGGAAGAUUGCGAAGAUUAUGAAAAUAAAGAUAUCAAAAUAGAAUAUGAAAAUAUUGGUGAAGUUUUAAGGGAUUCUCUCAAUAAACACUUACUUCAAAAAAAUGAUUCAAUAGCAAUAAAAACCAUAAAAAAAGAAAUUUUUGAUUGGAAUGUUAGAUUCCUCGUAAUAGAUAAUGCAUGUUUCACGAUCGAUGAAUUAUCUACAAAAUAUUGGGGAAAAUUUAAGUUUGUUGGUGGUCCAGAACAUCUUUCGUUUAAAUCCUGAUAUAAGGAUUUAAUCCAACUCAUUACUAAUGAUUUG